GCGCCAUGGCCACCGCGCAACCCAAGCUCCCCGCCGGGGCGGCCGCGGCCAGGCGCCUGGCCCGGGGCUGCUGGUCCGCGUUCUGGGACUACGAGACUCCUAAGGUGGUCGUGGUGAGGAACCGGCGGCUGGGGGUCGUGUACCGCGCGGUGCAGCUGCUCAUCCUGCUCUACUUCGUGUGGUACGUGUUCAUCAUCCAGAAAAGCUACCAAGACCGUGAGACGGGCCCCGAGAGCUCGGUCAUCACCAAGGUGAAAGGGAUCACCACGUCGGAGCACAAAGUGUGGGACGUCGAGGAAUACGUGAAGCCCCCCGAGGGGGGCAGUGUAUUCAGCAUCAUCACCAGGAUCGAGAUCACCUCCGACCAGACCCUGGGAACCUGCCCGGAGAGCUUGAGAGUUGGCAACGCCGCCUGCCAUUCGGACGAUGACUGCGUGGCCGGGGGCCUGGACAUGCUGGGCAACGGGCUUCGAACCGGGCGCUGCGUGUCCUAUUACCACGGGGACUCCAGGACCUGCGAGGUGUCGGCCUGGUGCCCACUGGAAGACGGGGCCUCUGUCAGCCAGUUUCUGGGUAAAAUGGCCCCAAAUUUCACCAUUCUCAUCAAGAACAGCAUCCACUACCCCAAGUUCAAGUUCUCCAAGGGCAACAUUGCAAGUGAGAAGGGAGACUACUUGAAGCACUGCACGUUCGAACAGGAUUCCGACCCUUACUGUCCCAUCUUCAGGUUGGGCUUCAUCGUGGAGCAGGCAGGGGAAAACUUCACGGAGCUGGCCCACAAGGGUGGCGUCAUUGGGGUCAUCAUCAACUGGGACUGUGAUCUGGACCACUCUGAAUCGGAGUGCAAUCCCAAGUAUUCCUUCCGGAGGCUCGACCCCAAGCAUGUCCCUGCCUCUUCAGGCUACAACUUCAGGUUUGCCAAGUACUAUAACACGAAUGGCACCACCACUCGCACACUCAUCAAAGCCUACGGGAUUCGCAUUGAUGUCAUUGUGCAUGGACAGGCAGGGAAGUUCAGCCUCAUUCCCACCAUCAUUAAUCUGGCCACUGCUCUGACCUCCAUUGGGGUGGGUUCCUUCCUGUGUGACUGGAUCUUGCUAACGUUCAUGAACAAAAACAAGAUCUACAGCCAUAAGAAAUUCGACAAGGUGUGUACACCAAGACAUCCCUCAAGUAGCUGGCCUGUGACCCUUGCCCUUGUUCUGGGCCAGGGUCCUCCUCCACCCAGUUGUUACUCCCGGGACCAGCUACCUAGCCCUCCACCAGGCCAAGAGGGCCGACCUCGGGACAAGGGGCAGAGCUAG